CAGGGAUGAGGUUGUUUGAGGGUCCACCAGAGAGGUUACAAUUUUGCUACAAUCAUCAAGCUUUGACCUGUGGCCUACCAAAAAUGCUUGGUACCAUGAUAGCACAUAGUUUAUGCCAGGAUGGACCAGGGUUUCCAUAUCUAUCACCUUGCAACUAUUAUUACAUAGCUACUGGCAAUACUGAACAUGCAGUAGCAUAUGCGACAAUUGCUGAUGUAUUUGACACUGAGGUCAGAGAGUUUGUUGAGCAGGUAUUUAGCAAGUAGAAAUGAAUUAUUUGUCACUAAAGCAAAUAGCUUGUACAAUGUAGGUAAUAUCAAGACGUUGUUAUGUGGAUUCUGUGUUUUUUUAUGCCUUUGUAAUAUACUCUCAAGUAUUAUUAAAUUUAAACUGAGUGGAAUGUGUUUUACAUCUUUGAUAAACAGUUCCUGGUAAGUCAGUCAUACUGGGGUGAUUUUUGUGACCCAUUAUAUUUAAUGAAAUGUUCUUAACCUUUGGUACGAAAUACUUGUAUGAGUGACAUUUGGAGCACUCAGAAAAUAAAUCAGUUCAUAAUUAUUGUUUGGAUUUUUCAUGAGAUUUCAUUUGGUAUAGAAAUUCAAAAACAAAUUCCAUGUCUCAUUUCUUUAUAGGUCUCCACUGCGAAGAAAGAGGAUCUAGGUGCCAUCAAUAAC